AUGCGUCUCUCUGAGUUCUGCUUAGCCAUAGCCGCGUUGCUAGGCACUUGCAAAGCAGCCCCAGCUGGUCCCAUCAGAGACUCUAUACCAGCCCCGAGUAACCUCAUACCGGGAAGCAUCCAGAUCGCCGAGGGCGUGUGGUAUAGCAACCGAACCGGGAAUGCCAGCGUCACGGACCUCGGUCACGAACUAGCUGCUCAAAUCAGUCACUGCCGCGUCGAGGACUCGACCUAUGAGAACCAAGGAAGCGGUGGUUCUCCUUACGCCAAGGACUGCUGGGUUCUUCAUGACAAUAUCGUCGGGGACGGCGACUGGACGGUCACCCUGCUCGACCAGCAUCAGAUAGCGCAGCACGGUUCCUGCGCUUUUGGCGUAACGUACUGGGGCAACCUCGGUGGAGAGCCGUAUUUCCUGGUUGGGAACGACGACGUCCGUAGGAUUGUCAGUCGGUCCAUUGAGCUAUUCAUGUUUCAUGGCAACGGAGCUGACAGGGUUGGCACGAAGGGGAGGAUGUAUUGUCGGCCUGGCGAUCGCCCCGUCGAAUGGGGAUUAUAUUGGAAUCCAGGGUUCAGUGGAUAA